AUGAACCCCUCUGUUGUGGCUGCCCACAAGAGGAUUGGACUUCUCCAAAAGUUCAACAAAUGGCAAGGGAAGGCCAUUGAAAAGAUGCAAAAGUCCAUGGACAAGAUGGUGAGCAAGAUCAAAAGUUUGGAGAAGAAGGUUUCUGGUUCAUCAAGUAAGAAGAAGAAGGCUCCCAUGAGUUCCACAUUCCUUAGGAGUAGAUCACUUCUCACCACUCCAAAGAGGCUCCCUGCCCAAGAGCCUCACAGAGCUUCUUCUUUCGAGCCAAGAGAGGGAGAAGACAACUCGCAGAGAAGGAGGAAGACUUCUAAGUCCAGACGCUCCAACUCGACCACUGGACUCGAUCGAGUCCGAUCAGAGGAAACUCAACUCGAUCGAGCUGACGGUCGAGUUGGUCUUGAGGAGCCACAGUUUGAGGAUCCAGGAUUUGAAUACGAUCCAACGCCUUACCAGGAGCACCCUCGGAGUAGAUGGAACCCCUAUCCAACACAUCGACUACGCCUUUCGGCCUGA